AAGACGGGGCCCGGCGCUCCCGACAUCCCUUGCGUCGUCGACGACGACGACGAGGGGCGGUAGGAAGGGGCGCCUCGUCCUCUCCCAUUGGCCCAGCCAGGUGGAAUCCCCCGUGUGCCUGCGUAGCCUCGCCGCGCGAUAUCCUCUCGGCUGCAGGCUGUGGCCAUGGCAACUCCCCAAGGCUCGGCGGAGCGGGCGAGGAAGAGCGACCACGAAGACUACAUUUUGGAGCCACUUUCUCUGCCAGAAAGUCCAGGUGGCAUUUCUGCUGUAGAAGGUUCUCCAUCUGUGCCUUGUAUAUUCUGUGAAGAAUAUUCUCCUGCAUCAGAACAAAACCAACUUCUGAAGCACAUGAUUAUAGAGCACAAGCUUGUCAUUGCAGAUGUCAGGCUAGUAGCAGAUUUUCGGAGAUAUGCAUUGUACUGGAAGAAAAGAUUCUCAGAGCAGCCCAUUACAGACUUCUGUUGUGUGAUAAGAACAAAUUCUGAAGCAGCUUUAGAGGAACAAGACAAUUACUUCCUUUUAUGUGAUGCCUUGCCUGAAGACAGAACACUGAGGGAGAAACUUCAGCAACAAAGGCUGAGAGAGAAUCUGGAGCAACAGCAGCGAGAGAGAAAUGACACUGACUUUCACGGUGCAUGCAUGUUCUGUGAUAAAGAGUUUACUGGUAACAGAUCAGACCUUCUCAAUCACAUGGCAAACGAUCAUGCAUUCAAUGUUGGGCUGCCAGAUAACAUUGUACACUGUGAGGAGUUUUUGGAACUUCUACAGAAGAAACUAGACAGCUUGCAGUGUUUGUACUGUGAAAAAACCUUUCGAGAUAAGAACACACUCAAGGACCACAUGAGAAAGAAGCAGCAUCGCAGAAUCAACGCCAAAAACAGAGAAUACGACAGAUUUUAUAUCAUUAAUUAUCUGGAAUUUGGCAAGACCUGGGAAGAGGUUCAGUCCGAAGAUGACAGAGAAUUGUUGGACAACCAGGAAGAAGACUGGUCCGGCUGGGAAGAACAUCCCGUUUGUGCAGUAUGCCUUUUCUGUGAAAAGCAAGCCGACACUACAGAAAAGCUCUAUGCUCACAUGGAGGAGGCUCAUGGAUUCGACCUGCUAAACAUUAAGGCUGAGCAUGGUUUGAAUUUCUAUCAACAAGUGAAAUUGUUGAACUUCAUCAGAAGAGAGGUCCAUCAGUUUCGAUGCUACAGUUGCCAGGAGAAAUUUCAAUCGAAAAGGGAGUUGGUAAAUCAUAUGGAAGAGACCAGACAUAUAACACUUCUGCCAGCCAGAUCCAUGUGGGAUCAGCCACAGUAUUAUUUUCCUACCUAUGAAAACGAUACCCUUCUCUGUACGCUCUCGGACAGCGAGGAUGAAUUGACAGCUGGGAAACAGAAAGAGGAUGUGCCUGUCAUCAGCGAGGAUAUUUCUAACAUAGAGGCUCUGAAACGGACGAGUGUGUUAAAUCAACUUCUUUGUGAGGAGAUAAAUAAUGGAGAACCUUGAUAAUUAAGUGAAGCAUCUUUCUGAAUACGCAGUUUCCUCGCAAAGCAUAAGGUGAUUUGGUAACUUUGACAGGCUGCAAUAGACCCACUCUGAGUGAGAAGCUUAAAAAAUAAAUUAAAAACUAAUCCUAUGUUCUUAGGCUAUAUUUUAGCCUGACCCCUUCCUUUGGUAAUUCUUCACAGAACUCUAGCCCAAUGGUUGCCAUCAAUUUGAACUGAACUGAUUUUAUAAUGAAUUGAUUUUAGAAUGCUGUAUUAUUUUACUGUUUUUAGCCGCUGUGAGCCCGGCUUCGGCUGGGGAGUGCAGGAUAUAAAUAAAUUAUUAUUAUUAUUAUUA